AUGUUUAGAAGUGCGUACGCGUCCUUGGGCGUGCGGUGUGACGAUGUAUCAUAAAAUAUUAGAUAUAGCUCAUGCGCCGUAUGUUACGUGAGGUACCCAAUUACGAGUUGACCCACGCGGAACACGGGCGUGACGAUCAUUCCCGUGGAUGGCGCACCUACGUCGCGGUAAUUUGUGAUUACAUUAUGCGUAACGUGCAAUGAGUGAUAAACAGGGUGCACCUAUUUUACCACCCCUUAGUCGGGGUGCGGCUAAUAAUGGCGGAAAUAACGGAAGUUCAGCUCAACAGACUGUCAGUCUGCAGCAAGUUCUCGCUACCGCUCAAGGCCUCAAUGUGCUCGCUACUACCAGUGGGCAACAGUUUGUUAUUACAACUCAGGUUCCUGGUUUCACACAGGUCAUAUCGAAUAAUGCCACAACUAAUGCGAGCGGAACGCAACAAGUUACAAGAAUCGUUAACAUCGCGGGUACGCCACCGCGCAACGCUGUCGGAAUUGUCGGCACAUCGCCUCCGACAGUGUCACGGCCACAGAACUCUACUAAGCUUAUGCUGACAACGUCGCCGAAACUUGUACGCACUUCCAUAAGCAAUGUGUUUGUAGCGCCGACGUCAUCGCAGGUAUCAUCGCCGCAGGUGCAGGUGCAAUCACUUUCACCAGCGAGGAAACGGCUGAAAUUGUCGGAAACGACGGAGAAACCGAUUCCAUUUGACGCCAGCGAAUAUCGUAGACGAAUAAUGGAGCAUAAAAUACGGCGGAUACGCAGCGUACGUGAGAAGUAUACGGAAAAUGCAUCGGAACUGUUCUUUCUGCAAACCGGCGGCAAUAUGAUGGAGUAUUAUGCCUGGCGGAAGCGAUCUCCGACGCCGCAGUUAGUACAUUUUCUGCGUCAGCAUCGACUCGACCCGGAUGACGAUGACGAGGAUUUGACUGCGCCACUGUCAUCGAUACCAGAAUUCUCACAGCUGUCUACUGUUACAACUACUGUCACCACUACUACGACCGUCACUAGCGCUAUUGUCACCGCUACCACCACUGUCACAACCGUCACGUCCGGCUCCACAGUGGUCCAGGUCCCGAAUCAAAGAGCGGAAGUUAAAAUCGCUGGGGCGGGCGUCACGCCAGUAGCGGUGUCCACCACCCUGCCUGCUGCAGCUCUAGCCCAACUCAGUCAAGGACAAGUACCAGGUAGGCCUCAAGGGGGCCGCCAUGGCAUGGUGUUUGCCUUCCGAGCGGCAAUCCAGUCUUCGCCAGUCACCGUUCACCCUCCAUCCGCUUCCACCGUAGCACCCACGUUCAUUAUAGGUGGAACGUCGGUGGUUACAGACUCGUCGAAACUGACGACCACGGCCGUGAGUUCGGUGGUAGAAAAGUCUUCGUCGUCUAUAAUCACUGUCGCCACCCCGAAAUCGUCUGUGACUACAGCUGCGCUCAAUAGUCCACAACCUAUCGUUAAGCUCGUUAAGUUGUCUACACCCACUACCAUAACUACUUCCUGUGAUAUCUCGAACAAUCAGGAGCAAAUUGUGGAAAAAGCUAAGCAGGAGGCGUAUGUAAUGCAAAGGAUUGCAGAACUGCAACGCGAGGGAUUAUGGUCGGAACGGCGAUUGCCCAAGGUGCAGGAACCAACUCGAACCAAAGCCCAUUGGGAUUACUUGCUAGAGGAAAUGGUCUGGUUGGCCGCUGACUUCGCUCAAGAACGUAAAUGGAAGAAGGCAGCGGCGAAGAAAUGCGCGAGAAUGGUGCAAAAGUACUUUCAGGAGAAGGCGAUUCAAGCACAGAAGGCUGAGAAAUUGCAGGAACUUCGACUGAAGAAAAUUGCCAGCUUGGUCGCAAAGGAGAUUAAAACUUUCUGGGCAAAUGUUGAGAAAUUGGUGGAGUAUAAGCAGCAAACGAAACUUGAAGAAAAACGAAAGAAGGCAUUGGAUCAACAUCUAAAUUUCAUUGUGGGUCAAACAGAGAAAUAUUCCACAUGGCUGACAGAAGGUCUCAACAAGACCGACGGUCCACAGAGUAUUCCAGCUUCCAUAAAUAGUUCACGUAUCUCUUCGCCAGUCCCAGUGGGAAAAUGUCAUUCUGAUGAGGAAUUCCAGCCAAAUCAGAGUUCAGACGAUGACGAGGAGACCAUAGCUAAAGCUGAAGAGGAAAUGAAAACGACUAAUCACAAAGAGGAAGUUGAGUUGUUAAAAAAAGAAUCGGAAAUACCUUUGGAAGAUCUUUUGAAGGACUUACCACCAGAUUAUUUGGAGCAUCGAAACAGAAGUCUAUCGCCGAAUAAUGCAACGAAUGAAGAGGAACAAAUUGAAAAUGAAGAAGCAGUUGAUGCAGAUGCUGAUUUCGUCGUAGCGUCUGGUGAAUCCACGGAUGAAGAAGAUACAAUCAUGGAAGAGGAAAGGCUCGAGGGAGAAAUCGAUCAUAAGCGAGAACUCGAUGAACUUAAGGCUGAUAAUGAAAUGUCUAUCGACGAACUCGCGGCCAAAUAUGCUAAUAUGUCGGAUGUGUUGAUGGACGAGGAUGAUGAGGCUGAAGGUACGGAUAAAGAAAGUAGCGAACGAGGAGUACAGGAGAUCGAAGACCAAAUAAGUAGCAACGAGAGUGAAAGCGAAGAGAGUGAUCACGAUAGUGAUGAAGAUGAGACUCAGACUCAGAGCGAUCCCGAAGCGGAUGUAGGACUUCAAUCGCUUCUCGAAGAUCCUUCCGCGGAAAAACAAUUGGAGAAUAAAGUCGCAGAAGAUGAUCAUUCGGACGCUCAUAAUGAAAUGGAUAACGUUGCUGCGUUGGCUGAAAGCAUCCAGCCUAAGGGAAAUACGUUACUUACCACUAGUGUUGUCACUAAAAUACCUUUUCUUCUGAAACACUCUCUUCGCGAGUAUCAGCACAUAGGAUUGGAUUGGCUUGUCACGAUGUAUGAAAGAAAGCUAAACGGCAUUCUGGCUGAUGAAAUGGGUCUAGGUAAAACUAUACAAACUAUCGCGUUGUUGGCACAUCUGGCCUGCGAGAAGGGAAACUGGGGGCCACAUCUUAUAAUCGUGCCGACUUCUGUGAUGCUCAAUUGGGAAAUGGAAUGUAAAAAAUGGUGUCCUGGAUUUAAAAUAUUGACAUAUUACGGCACACAAAAGGAAAGGAAACAAAAGAGAACAGGUUGGACAAAACCAAAUGCCUUCCAUAUAUGCAUUACGUCCUAUAAAUUAGUAAUACAAGAUCAUCAAAGCUUUAGACGGAAAAAAUGGAAAUAUCUUAUCUUGGAUGAGGCGCAGAAUAUCAAGAAUUUCAAGUCGCAGAGGUGGCAGUUACUUUUAAACUUUCAGACACAACGGAGAUUACUUCUUACUGGCACACCCCUUCAAAACAAUUUAAUGGAACUAUGGUCGCUUAUGCACUUUCUUAUGCCUAAUGUCUUUCAGUCGCAUCGUGAAUUUAAAGAGUGGUUUAGCAAUCCUGUAACAGGCAUGAUCGAAGGAAAUAGCGAAUACAACGAGAACAUAAUCCGCCGUCUACAUAAGGUGUUGCGGCCUUUUCUUUUAAGACGAUUAAAAACUGAAGUGGAAAAGCAAUUGCCGAAGAAAUAUGAGCACGUAGUUAUGUGUCGUUUGUCAAAGCGUCAGAGGUUUCUGUAUGAUGACUUCAUGUCGAGGGCCAAAACGAAGGAAACACUCGCCAGCGGGAAUUUGUUGAGUGUGAUUAACGUAUUAAUGCAACUACGAAAGGUGUGUAAUCAUCCAAACCUGUUCGAAGUUCGACCGACCGUUUCGCCAUUUCAAAUGGAAGCAAUUGAGUUCGUAACCGCUUCGUUAGUCUGGAGUGUGCUUGAUUAUGAUCCCUUCAAGCACAUCGAAUUGUCUAGUUUGAAUCUUUUGCUGUUGAACUUGGAGUUGAUGCUUAGUGCAUUUGUUGCACAUAGAGUGAAACGUCUGCGGACACCCAGAAAGUUAAUAGAGGAGAUAGAUAGUCAACCAGAACUGCCACCGAGAUGUCCGUCAGGCCGGAUCAAGAUCAACGUUAGAUUAUCGAAUCAAGCGAAGCCACAGCAGCAACAGCAAACGCAGACUAGGCUAAAGAAUCUGGCUGGCGUAUUACCCACGCCAAGAGUGGGUACGUCCCCCUUGAUAAAGUCAUUAAAUACCAGCCAGAGUGGUCCGGGACAAGGUAGGUCCAAGCUAUCCCAUCUUAUCGCAUUAGUCGUUAACAUUUUCAUGGCCAUUUAUUGUAACUGUCGCUCUUUUCCUAUGGCAACGUUGGGGAAUAAUCCACAAAGUACUAGCGUAACAACUACCACGACAACGACAAAUGCGCAAAGAAUCACGGUGGGAAACGCUAGCAUAAGAGAUGGCAUUCAACGACUGGCGACACAAACUGUCACAGUCAAACAAGGCGAUUCCGUCCAGAGAAUAGCGGUACCUAGUUUUGCGCAACUGGUUCAAACCUCUACCGGCAGACACUUUAUUCUGACGUCGAGUCAACAGAAUACUAACACAGUUUCGUUUCCAGUCAUGACAUCGAGCGGAUCGCGUUUUACGGUGUUGUCUAAAUCAAUAAUGGGUUUGGCCACAUCGGGUGCUACGACGGUGAACAAGGUUGUCAGCGGAGUAGUAACAACGCCAAGUGGUCGACCCAUCAUGAGGGUACCUCCUCUGAACGUAACAGCAGCGCAAUCAUCACCAAGCGGAAACAACAGCCAACAGACAAUUAGCCAGCAACAACCGCAAUCGAUACGUGGUAUUGUUACCAGACAAGCUCAGAAAGAGAUCGCGAAAGUGCAGAACAAGGAACAGCCCAAAUCCGAAUUUUAUUUGCCUCAAUUGGAAGAGGAAAGGAGACAGAGAAGACAAAACAAAUUGCAUCUUCUCGCAGACAUCAAUGAACGAAGAUGCGCGGCGUGUCCACUUUACGGUGAAGAUCUGUUUAUGGCUUUGAGAAUCGGCAAACCUGCGACAGCUUGUCGUUGGCAUGAUGGUUGGGUGCAUUGUUCAAAGACUCAAGAAAAGAUUCGUACUCGGAAAGAGUUUUUUUCACACACGGAAGCACUUGCGGAAGCUAUCAAAAGCACGGAGCAGAUUGUUGAGGAACUCAAAGAGGUCUUUGAAAGAUAUGUAGUCUACGUGCCGGCUGUACGCGCUCCAGUCCCUCGAUUCCAUGUGUCUCAUCCGCCGCCGUACAAAUUAUGGAAUGAAUGUCGUCUAUGGACUGAAUUACAGCAACAAAUAUCGCCGAAAUUAUCUCUCUUCCAUCCAAUUUCGUGCCACAUGCUCACACAGUUCCCCGACCCCAGACUGAUCCAGUACGAUUGCGGCAAAUUGCAGUCGCUGGAUCGUCUGUUGAGAAAGCUGAAGUCUGAAAGUCAUCGAGUCCUCAUAUUCACGCAGAUGACUAGAAUGCUGGACGUAUUAGAAGCCUUUUUGAAUUUCCAUGGACACAUAUAUCUGCGACUAGAUGGUACAACUAGAGUGGAUCAACGUCAGAUUUUGAUGGAAAGGUUCAACGGCGAUAAGCGAAUAUUUUGUUUUAUCCUGUCGACAAGAUCUGGUGGUGUUGGUGUGAAUUUGACGGGAGCGGACACAGUGAUAUUUUAUGAUAGUGAUUGGAAUCCUACAAUGGAUGCCCAGGCGCAAGACAGAUGCCACAGAAUAGGACAAACGCGGGACGUACAUAUCUACAGAUUAGUCAGUGAGAAAACUGUUGAAGAAAACAUUUUGAAGAAGGCAAAUCAGAAACGAUUGCUAGGAGAUCUCGCUAUUGAAGGCGGCAAUUUCACCACGGCGUAUUUCAAAAGUUCUACUAUUCAAGACCUGUUUAACAUCGAUCAAACUGAGAAUGAUGCGUCAGCGCGAAUGGCUGAAGUGCUCGAACAGAAUCGAGAUCGAGAGAAGACUUACAGCAAGGACAUGACAGCGGGACCAUUUCAAAGUGGUUUUUCAGGACAGCAUACGGAGGAAAAGGCAGCGAUGGGUGCUCUUGAGAGCGCUCUCGCUGCUGCUGAAGAAGAUCUUGAUGUUCUGGCUGCAAAGACUGCGAAAGCAGAAGCUGUCGCCGAUCUCGCUGAAUUCGAUGAAAACAUUCCGCUGGAAGAAGCUGAUAAAGACGACACGCAAGUUAGCAAGGCAGAACAGGAAGUUCAGAAUCUGAUUGCUCAGCUGACUCCAAUAGAACGAUAUGCGAUGAAGUUCGUCGAGGAAUCCGAAGGUGCGUUCUCCGCGGCACAACUGGCUGCAGCCGAACGGGAACUCGAGGAGCAGAAGAAGGAGUGGGAGUUGGACCGAUUGCGGGCAUUGCGCGAGGAGGAGGAACGGUUGCGUAAGGAAACGAAGCGCGCCAAAACUAUAUCAAAUUCAUUGGAAGACGAGGAUGGUUCUAAUGAUAUUUGGUUAUCGGAACACACGAUGGAGCAAAUGCCAAUGUGGUGUCCACCAACACCUCCUACAACGGAUAACGAUGUAUAUAUCGAUUAUUCUCUUGGAUUUUUAUAUGAAAAUAUCCCCAUGACAGAGGCUCAACUGCCGCCGAUUUACGUGAAGAAGGAUCGGAACAGAAGCAGAAUCGAUAUCACUGAUGAUAGUUGUCGACCGACGAAAAUGAUGCGCCAUAAGGAGGAGUCCGUGUUAGCGCCAAGGUCGCUCUUUGAUCGGCCGUCACCGGCAUUGAUGAAGAUGCGUCGCGACAUGAAGCUGUAUAAAUAUCGUGCGAUUGUACGUCCCCCUAUGCCGGUCUUGAAGACCUCGUCACACGUAACGAAAACCUCACCGGAACCGGAUCAAGCUAUGGAUUGGUUGGUCUACGAGGAAUGGGGCUUGUUACAUUCCAUCCAAAACUAUCAGAACUUACCACUAAACACGAUGAUUCUCUCGCCCGGUCAUACGCCUAAUUGGGAUAUGGUUGCCGAUUCCAUCAACAAUGGCGCACGUUUAUACAGAUCACCCAAGCAUUGCAGAAACAGAUACGAAUCUGUGAUAAUACCCAGGGAGGAGGGUAAACUACUGUACGACACCGCGCCGAAGAAACAGAAAAAGCAGAAGACGAGUGUUUACAAAACGCUGCCAGUCUCUGAGCAACAAAGCAAGAGCAACAGAAUAAUGAGAACAUCGCAAUUACAUAAUCAAGACAGAAAUGGCUCCUUUACGUCGACUGGCAAUCAGAGAUAUGAAAUCAUGAAGUCAGUUUCUAACAAGCGAACGCCUACCGUAAAACCAACAUCCAUCGUAAAUUCAAUGAUGAGGAAUAAUCCGAACGUUGAUGUUCUGGCUACCGAUUACAAAAUACUGGUCGAUAAUCCAUCAACACCGAUUGAAAUUGCUACGCGACGUGCUGAUAGGAUUAAACUAGAGAAGCUAAAUAAAGCAUCACAGGUUUUAACUCCGGAACAACAACAACAAGUAGCAGCACGACUUUUGCAACAUCAGCAGCAACAACAAGCCGCCCAACAGCAACAACAACUAAAGCUACAGCAACAGCAGACUCAACAACAGGCUGGACAGCAAGCAAUCGUAAAUUCUGUUGCAUCUCAAAUUCAUCAAUUGACACAAGUAACAGUACCUAGCACGAAAGUUGCGACUAACGUGAGUUUGAGCAAUGUAACAACUACAACGGCAGCAGCCACUACGGUGGUUAAGGCUCGACCGGGAGGAGGACAAAUGCAGGACGUGAGAACGACGUCAGCAAACGCAAAUAUCCAGCAAGCAGCUCAACGAACUGCGACGAGUUUAGUGUCUACUGGUCAAACUUCCGUUGGUGCGGCAAGUGGUCAAAAGGGAGGCCUAGUAGGCGUCACGAUGGCCACAGCAGCAUCGGGAAAUAAGAUCCCAACGCCAGCACAGGUGCAGUACUAUAGGCAGCAGCAGCAACAGCAGCAGGUAUUAUUGCGGCAGCAGCAGCUUAAAGUAUUGCAGGCUCAAGCCGCUAGCGGUCAAAAAGUGUCUGUUGCGGUGUCGGCUACGGCGGCAGCGGCGGCAGCGGCACAACAACGAGCUACCUUGAUGAAGCAGGGUAUUGGUUCGGUCGGUACUGCGGGUGCCACAACACCACAGACCGCUGUGGGCAAACCAACAAUGACUAGAACACUGUCCGAAACUGAAAUAGCUGCUGCGUUACUGAAGCGGCAGGCGUUACAGCAGCAAGCGAAAGCGGCUGCUGCUGCAGCGGCCGCACAAGGGCAGGUACCUACGCCAACAGGACUUACACCGGCACAGAUCUUCGCUCAGGCUGGUCUGCAAGUACAACAAGCAGGGACUUCCGCGAGCGGUACUCCGGUAGCGACACUUGUGAAGACGACUAAUGUGCCGGGUGUCCGCACCGCGACUCCCCAACAGAUCCGACAGCUUGCAAUUCAUCCGCAGAUUAUCACGCAGAGAAAACUACCGGCACAGAAAGUCGCGCAGUUAGCUCAAGUCGCAAAUAAAGCUGGCGUGCAAACGCAACUGAUCGUGCAACCUACUAAAUCGCUACCUACAACCAUGACGGUACAGCAAAUUCAUCAAGUGAUGAAACAUGUGCAGCCUUCGACGAUGCAGCAAUUUAGUCACGUCUCCACGGGACAAACGGUGUCUCAGGCUAGUCAAGUUGUAUUAGCUAAAUCACCGUUGCAGACUCGUGUCAUACCAGUUGCACCCGCAUCCCUGAAGCAAACUAUUCAAGUGGUGACUGCCAGCAAUCCUCAGCUACGACAGUCCACGCCUAUCCAAGGAAAACCUGUUACUAGUGCGGUAAGACGAAGUCCUGGUCCAGGUACUAGCCCCAGUACAAGCACAAGUCCGGGUGCGGCAACUUCCAGUUCCACAGUUGCUGCGGGUACCAGUCCUGCCGUAGGUGCUACUUCUGUGUCCGCCUCGAAUCUAACUUCUCCAUCUGUUCUUGGUCAAGUGAGAUUACAAACUUUAACACAGCAAGUACAACAACAGCAGACACAACAGCAACAGCAAACUCAACAGGAUACUCAACCAAAAUAGUUUUGUUUUAUGAUUGUAUGGCGUAUUAUCGUUGAAAUUGUAUUGGGAAAUUCAGAAACCAAAUUGGUUUCACAUGUUAAAAAGUAAAAAAAUUAUUAAUAUAAAGGAUUAGUUUAGAAUAUUUUUCUUUAGA